AUGAGACCUCAAAGCCUCCUCCUCCCACUUCUAACAACCCUAAACCUCCAAACAACAACCGCAUCUUCAAACCCUAAACUAGCCAAACCCUCGACCCUCUGGGCAACCCACUACAAUGGCAACGUCUACACGCUCACCCUGAAAGACAAUGACCUCCAAAUCACCCAGACCCUCAAAACAUGCGGCAAAAUGCCCAGCUGGUUAACCCUCGACGCGCACUCCCGCACAGUCUACUGCUCCGACGAAGACGGCACGACAGAUGCAUCCACACACGGCUCCCUGACAGCCCUGCGCGUCGGCGUGAACGGAUCUCUAAGUGAGAUCGCCAAGACAGACACUGUCGGCGGCGGCGUCGCGAGUGUUAUUUACGGCAGUGAUGGACCGGGAGAGAAGAGCGGCAAGUAUAUUGCGAUUGCGCAUUACGAGGGAGCAGCAGUCUCAACAUUCGCCCUCCCACUCAAGCCCAACCAACCAGAAUCCCAAUCCUUCCACUUCAACCUGACGCGUCCCGGCAAAGUCGCGCAGCAGGAUACGCCACACCCGCACGAAGUCUUCCUCGACCCGACGGGCACAUUCGUCCUGAGUCCCGAUCUGGGCGCCGACCUGCUGCGCGUGUACUCGAUUGAGGGCUCGAAGGGGGAGUUGAGUGAAUGCCCAGCGCUAAAUAUCACGUACGGCAGCGGACCACGACAUGGAAUUUUCUGGACGGACGGGACGGAUCGAUCGUCGCGCGCGUCAGGAUCGGGAUCGGGUUCGGUUGGUGCAUCCUUGCAUCAAGCGAAGAUGGCCGCUGUCGGCAGAACCAUGCUCUACCUGGUCAAUGAGAUCGGUGGGACGUUGAUGGUCUACGAUGUCUCGUAUUCCCGCUCGGGAUGUCUGUCUUUUGAAAAGACUCAGACUGUCGUGCCGUAUCCUGGUGGGAAGAUGCCUACUGGCGCGACGCCGGCGGAGAUUCGUAGGGUGGGAGAUGCGAUUUAUGUUUCUAUUCGCAGUGAUCAGGGCUAUGCGCCUGCUGACUCCAUGGUUGUUCUUGAUCGGAAUGCCACUGAUGGGUCUGUUCGCGUGCGAAACACGGAUUCUGCGUUUGGAAAGGUCCCCCGCACGUUUGUGAUCAACCGACGGGGAGAUCUGGUUGCUAUUGGGAACCAGGCUUCUGCGACGGUGGAUAUCGUGCGCAGGGAUCGGAAGACCGGCAAUCUUGGAGACCUGGUUGCUAAGGUCCAGGUUGGGGAGCCUGGGGCGGUUGGUAGCGCCGAGGGUUUGAGUAGUGUUAUUUGGGAUGAGUAG